GCUAAGGAGUUUGAGCCUUCGGUGGGUGGAGUCUGUGAUAGAUCGUCAGUUAUGCGUGAAGAGGGGGAGGUGGCAGCGGGGUCGGGGGAGUUUUUUGUGUGUUGAUUAGUCAGCUGAGCGGAGAGCUUGGAGGCUGUGUUCUGGACGGGGAACGUGCAGUGCUGGAGCCUGAGUCAGAGAGUUCAGCAAGAACGUUUCAUUCUGUUCGGGGAUUUCAGCUGGAGCCUUGCAGCGAUACAAAAUUACGUUUUGUUAAGAAAAGUGUGUUAUUUCCAGGAGACGUCGGACUGUGAGUUUGCAGGAUUUUGGUUGGUGUCUAUAAAAAGUGGAUGUGAUUUCUUACAAAGAAUUCGUGAGAACACAAAAUGGCUUUAGCUGGCUGUCCGGACUAUUUUCUACACCAUCCAAAUUACCAGGCUUCCAAUGAUGUGACGUCCCAAAGGGAAUGUGGUUUACUUGGUGAAAAGGACAAUGUAGACCGGGCUUCAGCUCACAGGCCAGCAGAUAUGAUUGGCCAAGGUUUCCAGCAGUCCUCCCAUCAGAAUUCUCCUAAUCAAGACGACGAUGUCGACCUGGAAGCUUUGGUAAAUGACAUGAACUCGUCCUUUGAAAGCCUGUACUCAACAUGCAGCACCCAGUCAGAAUCUGCACCACUUCUUCAAAAUGGUCAGUUUAUCCGCAGCCACAUACAGACCUCAGGAAUAGCCCCUAUGCAGCCCACAUCCCCGAGACAGAAGGUGCGGCGCUCACAGCCAAUGCAUAUUCUUGCAGUCAGAAGACUUCAGGAAGAGGAACAGCAGCUCCGUACAUCGUCCCUGCCAGCCAUCCCAAAUCCCUUUCCUGAGCUGUGCAGCCCGGCCAGCUCCCCUGUACUGUCCCCUGGGUCUUUACCUCAGGACCAGCCUACUGACAAAAAUAUUAUUAAAAUUUGUAGCGAAGACGGCUCUAGCAAAGUAGUGGAGAUUCCAGCAGACAUGACGGCCCGAGACCUCUGCCAGCUGCUGGUGUACAAAAGCCAUUGUGUGGAUGACAACAGUUGGUCACUUGUCGAAUACCACCCUCAUCUUGGGCUAGACAGAAGUUUGGAAGACCAUGAGCAUGUAGUUCAUGUCCAGUCUACAAUGGCAAGUGAGAGCAAAUUUGUGUUCAGAAAGAACUAUGCCAAAUAUGAAUUUUUUAAAAAUCCUGCGAACUUUUUCCCAGAGCAGAUAGUAGCAUGGUGCCAGGAAACCAACGGCAGUAUUCCACCGUCACAGCUCUUACAGAACUUCUUAAACUCCAGCAGUUGUCCUGAAAUUCAGGGUUUCUUGCACGUCAAAGAAUUGGGAAGGAAAUCCUGGAAGAAGCAAUAUGUGUUUUUAAGAAGGUCAGGGCUGUAUUGCUCUACAAAAGGAAACUCUAAGGAGCCUAGGCAUUUGCAGUUACUAGCUGAUCUUGAAGACAGUAACAUCUUCUCAGUUAUUACCAGCAAGAAGCUGUACAGUGCACCAACAGACUUUGGAUUCUGUAUAAAGCCCAACAAAGCAAGGAAUGAAACAAAAGAGCUGAGGUUGUUAUGUGCUGAAGAUGAGCAGAGCAGGACCUGCUGGAUAACAACAUUCCGACUCUUCAAAUAUGGAAUGUUGCUGUAUCAGAACUACAAAAUCCCCCGACAGAGAAAAUCUUUACUGUCACACUUCUCAACGCCAGUGAGAAGUAUAUCUGAAAACUCUCUGGUAGCCAUGGACUUCUCAGGAAGAAUAGGAAGAGUCAUUGAUAACCCAGUUGAAGCACAAAGUGCAGCCAUGGAAGAGGGCCAUGCCUGGCGGAAACGAAGUCAGCGUAUGAAUGUCCUUGGAAGCCCAAGCCCCCUACAUCCCAACGCACUAAACUCAGUCAUUCACAGAACACAGCCGUGGUUUCAUGGGAGGAUCGCUCGAGAAGACUCUCAUAGAAUGAUCAUACAACAAGGGCUAGUUGAUGGGAUUUUCCUUUUAAGGGACAGUCAAAGCAAUCCAAAAGCAUUUGUACUUACUCUGUGCCAUCAUCAGAAAAUUAAACAUUUCCAGAUCUUACCUUGUGAAGAGGAUGGACAGAUCUUUUUCAGCCUUGAUGACGGAAGUACCAAAUUCACUGACCUUAUCCAGCUUGUAGAGUUUUACCAGCUGAACCGAGGAGUUCUACCCUGCAAACUCAAGCACCACUGCACAAUAGUGGCCUUAUGACCUUUGACUCGACUUUGCCAAACAAUUUUUUUUUUCUUGCGAUAAGCUGUUGAAGAAUCUGUGGAUCAGAGAUCGAUCUGAGACCUUCAGUAAUCUGUGAUUCGGAUACUAAGAACCAUGUUGUCAUCAUCAAAGAUUGCUUGUUUUGAAACACAGAUUUACAAUUUGUAUUAUUUGACAACAAUCUACUGGCAAAUUGAACACAUUAUAAUGAUCAUGGUUUGGAACUGCAUUGUAUGACCCAAGAGCUUGUGUAUUUUAUUUGAUGUCAUUUUGUUACAUUUUCUUGCACAAUCAACUGGAAAUGAUAAUCAGGCUGGGCUACUAAAAAUAACAAAUAAGUAUGAAGAUAAUUCUUCUGGAAAUAUAUUUUCCCCUGGAAUAUUCUUCAAGUUAGAAAAUGCACUCCUGGACUGAACACAACCUUUAUCAGCUGACGUAACAAUGCAACUCCUGUGGUACUUUUUUUUUUUUUUUCUAAACCUAAAACUGCCGUGAGAAGGUCUUCAGAGUUAAUUGGAUUAUAAAAGACCAUGAAAAGUUGCAGCCGGGACUAAUCUGUGGGAAAUUACCUAACAUCAUGCAGCCAUCUUAAGUGUUUAUUAGUAACUUGCAACUCAAGAAGCACAAAACCAAGAGCAAUGUCCUGAAGCAAGCCGUGACUCACUGCAGCUGUUCCCUUCCCAGUUCAGUGGCCGUUCAGACAAUCCCUGCUCUCUGCUGUUUCUUUCUAGACAGAGCUUGUGAUGCAGAAUCACAUUAGUAAAGUACAUUGAGCCCCUACAGUUAGCGUUCAUGUCCUGUUUAUUUUAAUCAAUUGUGUAGAGCAUUAGUAUGUGUACUCUCAUUACCAAACAUCUGAGAUUGAAGGCAGUUUGUUUUCAGGCCCACUGUUUCGUACCUGUAAAAGGUCAGUCCAACAUGCAGAAUUAGUUACAAACAUACAUAUCCACAUGUAGAUCCGAGUAUAAAUAUUAAUUCAGGGAUCUUUCAGAAGGCUGGUAAUGCUCGAAGUAUACCAGAAGAGUGUGUGUGUAUAUGUGUGUGUAUAUAUAUAUAUAUAUAUAUAUAUAUAUAUAUAUAUAUAUAUAUAUAUAUAUAUAUAUAUAUAUAUAUAUAUAUAUAUAUAUGCAUACAAUACCUGAAUCUGUAUCUCUAACUGAACCCCUAACACCAAUAAGAGAAGAAAAUCCCUCCCUAUCCCCUCAUUUAAUGUGAAAUACCACUCCAGAUGUGUUUGUUCAGUGGUGCAGAUUAUGUGGUGCAAUAGCUAUUCCUUUUUCUGUGUAUGUAGCUUAGGGCUGAGACAACUUUAGAUCAGACUUCUACAAUCAUUUGUUUAUUUAAAUGCUUCAAGAAAAAGCAGUGAUGUGGUGCUGCAUGGGUUGCAUUGGUUACUUUAAUGUUAUAAAGAAAAUCUACAUUGCAGGUAGUCAUGUAUUUCACAUUUUAUACAUACACAAAACUACAUCAAGCAUGUAGAAGCAACACUGUAUUUUAGUUUACAGACCAUUCAUUGACAGCAUAUGUGUUUAUCAAAAUGUCUGCAUAUAAAAUGAAGAAACUUGAUUUUGUUAGUGCAUUUUUUUAUUUGGUAAAUGUACAGAUUAAGUUGCUCGUUUGUUUGUUGUUUAUGCUCUGUAAUUUCAUAAAAAAAACUAUCUUGUAAAAAUAUGUUAUGCUUAAAUUAAGCAAUUUUUUUAGGUAUUAUACGUGGCAUGAAUCUUUUCAAGUUCUCUAAGAACAAUUGAAGCUAAGAAUGCAAUUUAUAAACUCAAUGGUAAAAAAAACCAACUUAUUUUUAUAUAAGACUUUCAGAUAAUAAUUAAAUACUAACAGUCAUUAUCAUUUUAUUUAAGGUAGUGACUUUUUUGUUUUAUAAACACAUAUUCAAAUCUCUAAAAAUGUUGUCAUUGUGUGUACAGUAUGGCUCUGAACUUGGUUAUUACCUAUAAAUGUAGAUUCAUGCUUUCUUACAGUUUAUGGAUAUUUUCAGCAAGCCGACAACUCAAAAUUAAAGUAACUGGCUGAAGGUAAUUUUACUUUGUUUUCUAUUUAAGUGACAUGAAUGUAAAUGGGAAGCUCAGGGUUGAUUUGGAACCUAUUGAAUAAGGCCUGUUUAGGCCUGUAAGGGUUAUUUCUUUGUAAACAGUACUUUAUGUGGCAAUCCUGAUUGAAUUGAUAAGGAUAUACCAAGUAGUUUGCAAAUAAGUUGGAUCACAGUACAUGUCAGAUAUAUCUAUAGCAGAGUUAUUUUCUUCAAUUAAGCCUAAAAAGCAGUUUGUGCCUCAGUUUAGAUGACUUUUCUCUGCACUAAACUAGCCUAUACCUGACUAUUUGACCAAUCAAUUUUUUCCCCUUUUUCCAGUGAUUACACUUUCUUUGCAUAUAUUGGCACAAUGCAAGGUUUAGUGACUGUAAAAAGGAGUAAAACAAAUACUUCAGGGAAUGCAAAAAGGUAUGAACUACUCUUUUCUUUUGUAAGUGAAUCUGUAUUCAUAAUGUGCUUUGCUGCAAACUGUAAAUAGCUGAAUGGCUUAUGAAUCUUAAUUGUACCCUUUUCAGGUAUUUUUGUACAAAUAAGGGACUGAUAUAUUCUGUUGUAAUUAGAAUAAAACAUUAAUACAUUGAUAUUCAUAUA